AUGAGAGAAAUAAUUCAUCUUCAGUCCGGCCAGUGUGGCAACCAAAUCGGCACAAAAUUCUGGGAAGUGAUCAGCGAAGAACAUGGCAUCAAUAAUUUGGGCCAGUACACCGGCACAAGAGACAACCAGCUCGACCGCAUAUCCGUGUACUACAACGAGUCGAGCACUAAGCAGUAUGUACCGCGUGCUGUGCUGGUAGACCUUGAACCAGGUACCAUGGAUACGUUGCGUUCUGGCCCGUUGGGCUCCCUUUUCAGGCCUGACAAUUACGUGUUUGGACAGAGUGGGGCAGGUAACAACUGGGCAAAGGGCCAUUACACAGAAGGAGCGGAGCUGAUUGAGAAUGUGAUGGACUGCGUGCGACGCGAGGCCGAGAAGUCGAAUUGCUUGCAAGGAUUUCAGAUUACACAUUCACUUGGUGGUGGUACAGGUGCUGGUAUGGGCACAUUGCUUGUAUCAAAGAUACGUGAGGAAUUUCCUGACAGAAUGAUGUGCACUUUUUCCGUGGUGCCGUCACCUAAGGUGAGCGACACGGUGGUUGAGCCAUACAAUGCCACGCUGAGCAUCCACCAGCUUGUUGAGAAUGCUGAUGAAACGUUCUGCAUCGAUAACGAAGCGUUGUACAACAUCUGUUUUAACAUCCUCAAGCUUAAGAAUCCGGGAUAUGCCGAUCUUAACAGAUUAGUAUCGCUUGUGAUGAGUGGUGUGACCACGUGUCUGCGCUUUCCAGGUCAGCUCAAUGCUGAUCUCAGAAAGCUGGCCGUCAAUAUGAUACCAUUUCCACGAUUGCAUUUCUUUAUGAUAGGCUUUGCACCGUUAAUAGCUGAAGGGAUGGCAUCGUACCGAUCGUAUUCUGUGAGUGAGCUUACCCAACAGAUGUUUGACUCCAAGAACAUGAUGGCAGCAUCCGAUCCGAAACACGGCCGGUACCUUACAGUAGCAGCCAUUUUCCGCGGUAAUAUUUCUAUGAAGGACGUUGACGAACAGUUACACACCAUACAGAACCGUAACGCGUCCAACUUUGUAGAAUGGAUACCAAACAAUGUCAAGACAGCCGUGUGUGACAUACCGCCGUCCACGCUUGAUAUGUCUGCCACUUUUAUUGGAAACACCACAGCCAUACAGGAGCUUUUCAAGAGGAUAGCCGAGCAGUUCCAGCUUAUGUUCAGGCGAAAGGCGUUCUUGCAUUGGUAUACGCAGGAAGGAAUGGAUGAGAUGGAGUUUACGGAAGCCGAGUCCAAUAUGAAUGACCUGCUCAAUGAAUAUCAGCAGUAUACGUAUGCAAGUAUUGAGGAGGAGAUUGUGAGCGAGCAGUUAGGUUAAUUAAAUAGCGGUUAUGAACGUA